GGAAAGAAUGGUCAGAAAGGUGAACCAGGAGAAGCCGGUGUUCCUGGAAUUCCAGGACGUCGCUCUACUCCACCAAUAAUCAGAGUUGCCUUCUUUGUUGGACUACAAGAAAACCAAGGUCCAGUGAAAGAGAAUUCCGACCUGCUCUUUGAUAAGGUGAUAACCAAUGUUGGAAAUGUCUUCAAUCCUGACACUGGACGAUUUACUGCUACCCAUAAUGGAACUUACCAAUUCAAUGUGAUAACUACACAUCAUGCAUUCUACUUUCAGGCUGCAGUAAAUCUGGUGAGAAAUGGUGAAAUGAUUGCGACUGUAUGGGCCGAGAGUAUCCCUUACUGGGCAUCUGCAUCAAAUACAGCUAUUCUGAAAUUGAAGGGAGGCGAUCAAGUUUGGUUGGUCUUGUUGAGUCGUGCUCCAUACAUUCAUGGUUACAUGUAUUCCACUUUUUCGGGGCACCUUCUUUUCCCUGAUAAA